ACCUUUAGUUAAAGAAAAAGGAAAACCCAUCGAAAACCUAAAACCCGAUUAGAUUUUUAGAUACGAAACCUCUUCUCCUUCCUCAAUCUCUCUCGAUCGUCGGAGAUUUUAUUUGUCCCCUUGAAGAGUCUUCUUCUCCCAAACCCUAUUUUAUUCAUCGCGUUUGUGGUUUUCUCAGCCAGCCAUGUCUGCCGUGUAUUGCGGAACCAAGAGAUCUUACUUCGACGAUAUUCCUUCUCCGCCCUCUUCUAAGAGGUUCCGAUGUUUUUCGCCUUCCAAUUCUCCAAUCUGGUCCUCUCCCUCUCCUUCCUCAUCGCUCGAUCAGCUUCGCACUUCGUUUCCUCAUCUUGAACUCACGGUUCUUUAUGUUCUUGUCAAGGCACUAGAAGAUAAUGGAAGUGAUUUGAAUGCUGCUAUGAAGAGCUUAUACUCCAUGGCAGCCGCUGAGGAGAAAGAAGCUGAAGAAUCCUCCGCAGGAGGUGCUAAUCAGGAAACUGAUGCCGUUUCUGGUGGUAAUCCCCCGACCAGUGGUGAUGACUGGGUUGAAUUGUUAGUGAGGGAAGUGUUACAAUCUUCUGGUACAGAUGAUGCAAAAGUACGUGCAGCAAGAGUCCUUGAGGCCUUAGAGAAGAUGUUAAGUGCACGUGCUCGUGAAGAAGCUGGAAAAAAAUUCCAAGAGGAGAAAGUGGCAGUGCAGCAACAGGUGGAGGCCUUGGUCAAGGACAACACAGUCCUAAAACGUGCUGUUGCUAUCCAGCAUGAGCGGCAGAAGGCAUUCGAAGAUGCGAACCAGCAGCUAGAACUUUUGAAGCAACUGAUUCCUCAGUACCAGGAAAAGCUAAGAACUCUGGAGGUGAGCAACUACGCGUUGAGAAUGCAGCUGCAGCAAGUGGAACAUGGCAACUCCAUGCCAGGAAGAUUCAAUCCGGACGUCUUCUAAGGCUCUCCAAGAAACAAGGACACUUGCAGGAGAAGGCAAUAAACGAAAGUAGAGGGAGAGAAAGAGAGAGAGAGAGAGUGAUCAAACUACAAAACAAAAGCGCUUUGCGUUGUAUUACUACUGUGUAGUCAGGACAAACAAACAUCUGUUUCCAUUCCUUUUUUUUUUUUUUUUUUUUUUUUCUUCUUUUAUUUGGUUUGCUGCCGUUUGUCUGUGGUGAUCAGGCGCAUUAAUUGGGAAAUCAAGGAUGUGUGUUUGGUACAUAGGACUGUCUGUAUAAGUGAACAUUGUUUCCAAUCGGAUCAACCAUUAUAAUAUGAUGAGAGUAAUUUUACCU